UUGCGUCCGACAGUGGGACCGUGUGGAGACCGCGGAGGAGUGGGAUGCCCGGUUGGACAGAGAGGUGGAGGAGCGGUUGCACACUUUGUCAGGAUGGGAGGGCCGGUUUGCGUAUCUGGAGGAACAACGUCGAUUGAGGGAGUUGGAGACAGGGGGGACAGUGGAGGUGACGCCGACGACGUGGAUAUCUGUGGGGAGGCUGUUGUGGGAGAGGUCCGAGAGGGUGUUGUCAGAGAGGAUAUCAACGUGGGUGGCGGAGGAGAGGGUGUCCCCAUGGGUGAUGAGGGACAGGGUGUCGCCACGGCUGGUGGGGGGGAAGGUGGACCCGGUGGAGAUGUUGACGGCGACCAUCGCGGUGAGAACGAGGACGGAUCCGACGAUCGCGACGGCAGUGGCGAUCACGGUGGCGACGACGAUGAGGAGAUGCUCGCUUUGGUCGUGAGGGACCCUACACUACCUCUCCUACGCCCCGACGACUUCGCGCAGGUUAUGCUCGACGCCGACGAUUUGGCGCAAGUCGGUACUCAGGACCCUUUCCCCCAUACGGGCCGCAGAAGCGGCGAGAGGCGCCGCCUUGGAGGGGCGUAUUCACCCCCAGCCUACCUCGUGCAGAGCCCUCGAUGGUCGGGCUCGUCGCUUAGCGGCAUCAGAGGGAGGGGUCCAGGGUGGUUGAGGGCGGGUCGGGCCGCAGCGACAGGGGCGGAUCUGCCGGAUCGAUGCCCCCACAACCCGCACGGGCCGCGGAUGUUAGCGACAAGGAGACGACGACCCGUGUGCACAUUAGUGGUUCCCCGUCGCCUGUCCGAGGUGGUGUCGCUGGCGGAUGGGCAGCUCAUUGAUAGGUCACGGUCCAGUUGAGGGUGGAUUACGACUCCGGGACGGGCGCCUUCGCAGGACGUUUGUCACCACGGACUCAGGCUUCGGGCAGCAGCUGCGAGGGUGGCUCCGGACGUCU